CCAUGAUAGAUGCAGAAGACUUCUGUUUGAACAGUCCAGAAGAUUUAUCAUGACAAAGCAUGAAACUUAUAAUAAAAUUUCAAGUGCCACAACGGGCAAGCACCUUCCGGAAUACUAAUGAAAGGGUAUUUUGACUGCCUUGUUUUGAUCUGACACGACAUUUUAGACAGACAACGAAAAUAUCUAGAGGAUUGUGAUCCAUUUUUAUUAUCAAAGAAUUGAUACCCCCGAUGACCAACCUGUUGGCGACCAUCAAGUUAUUUAAUUUCCUACUUGCUAGGACAUGUCUCGCAGGCCGACAAGACGUUGUUGCGAUGGAGGUCCUACAGGAACCAGCAGCUCAGUUGGAGUUUGGAGGAGAACAUCGUAUGGCUGAAAUGACUGAGUUGUCAUCGGCCCCAGGACGCCAUCGAACGAUCAGUGACGGCGAACAAUCAGCUACCAUGGGAUCUCACAUCUGUGCCUCAUCAGACCCAAGAGACACAGCCCGGUCUUGUCACGAAAAUUUCGCUUUCCACUCGAACUGUCAAGUCAAUCAACCAGGGGAUGCCGAACUGGAGAGCACUAUGAUACAUGAUAGCCAAGAAACAGACCACAGAGGAACUUUGAACAGGGCCUUGAUUUCACAAGACACUUUUCACCCUCAUGACAACAUACCCAAUAGCGAAGUUUGUUCUGAGGAUCCACCUUCCCAAACUGAUCAAAAUAUCUCAACAGAGAAUUCACAAGAGAAGGGAAGGCUAAUUAUGAACGAAUACAAACCAGCAGGAUGUUCGAUUUGCUUUGAAGAAAUACACUCGGGUCCUGAUGAUCCAGACAACCCAAUCUUUAGUUGGACGAGAUGCAACCACAGUUUUCACCUAGAAUGUAUCGGUAAAUGGUGGGAAUUAUUCCGUUACUCCUGUCCGAUAUGUCGACGUACGAUUUCUGGAAGGGAGCAGGAAGAGGAGCAAGAAGUGAUCGCGCCCAUGAUCCCGACGUUUGCCUGUAGCUUACACUGCUUCCUCGAUCAGACAACUGGCGGCUUUUCACCCGUCAUCAUUGGCGCCUGGGCUUUGUUCUUUUGCUGCUUCGCCAUGCUUAUAAAGACACUCGCGGAUGACGUCCACUUCCAUCGUCCUCAUCAAGCUUAAUACAACAUCCCCCAGAUCGAUAUCAUUGAAAACCAAAGUCAGUCAGUGUCUCUUGAGGGCUCAGAGAUACAUAUCUUCCACAAGUUUUUAGUUUUUCUUGCUUUCAAAAAC